ACCCUGGGCUGACUGUUGACACUUUCGGGGGAAAUGGACAUGUCCAAAUUAGGCCUAAAACAUGAAAUAAUGUCCACUCUGUGAACAUCCCUGCGCCACCAAGUCCAGCGGUCCCCUGAACCCGGUAACUAUUCUACCCGCUCCACAAACAGCUUUUCCCGGAGAAGUGCUGUGGUUAGAGCCGCAGUGUGAGCUAGCAUGAGCUUAGCUUAGCCUGUGCUGUCAGCCUGCAGCAGCACACUGUCUCUGCACUUUUAACAGUGUUUAAAGUUAAUAUUCCACAGAGACAGGUGUGCUAUGUGCAGCUCAGCCCAGAAUCAUGCUAAUGCUGCGAGGACUAACGGCUGUGGACAGAGGCUCCUGACCCAGGCUGAAGACACGAGCAGGCCAGUGAUGGAGAGCUCAGAUGGGAUACAAUCAUCUCCUGUUCUCUGCUGUCCCUGUGAUGGAGGAGACAUGUCCAUGGGAGAUGUUUCCACCAGGAGUAUGUCCCGCAGAACCAGGAAGUGCCGCAGCCUGAGCACGUCGUCUGCCGGCUGCUCGGAGUACAGGAGGACUCAGUGGCUCCAUGGCCCCAGCCCCGUGACCACGUUUGGCCCCAAGGCAUGCAUGCUGCAGAACCCUCAGGCUGUCAUGCACAUCCAGGAUCCUGCCAGUCAGAGGCUGACCUGGAACAAGCCUCCUCAGAGCGUGCUGGUCAUCAAGAAGAUCCGAGACACCGCUCUGCUGCUGCCCUUUAAGGAGCUCUGCACCUUUCUCACUGAGGUGAAAAACAUGCUGGUGUACGUGGAGAAGAAGGUUCUACAAGACCCGUCCAUUUCUGCAGAUGAAAACUUUGCAGCCAUCACUAAGAAGUUCUGCACUUUCAGAGAAGAUCUUGAUGACAUUUCCAAUCGUGUGGACUUCAUCAUCUGCCUGGGAGGAGAUGGGACUCUACUGUAUGCCUCCUCCCUCUUUCAGGAGAGCGUACCCCCGGUCAUUGCCUUCCAUCUGGGCUCCCUGGGCUUCCUCACCCCCUUCAAGUUUGACACGUAUCAGUCCCAGCUCACUCAGGUCAUCCAAGGGAACGCGGCCCUGGUCCUGCGCAGUCGGCUCCGGGUGCGAGUGACCAAAGGGAGCAGCGAGAAGAACAAUGGCCUGAGUCUGAUCAACAGAGAGGGGGAGGGGGCAGCAGAGGAGUACCAGGUUCUGAAUGAGGUGGUAGUGGACAGAGGGCCGUCCUCAUACCUGUCCAAUGUGGACCUCUUCCUGGAUGGACAUCUCAUCACCACAGUGCAGGGAGACGGCCUGAUCGUGUCCACUCCCACGGGCAGCACGGCGUACGCUGUGGCUGCAGGAGCCUCCAUGAUCCACCCCAACGUCCCGGCCAUCAUGAUCACCCCCAUCUGCCCACACUCGCUGUCCUUCAGGCCAAUCGUGGUGCCCGCCGGGGUCCAGCUCAAGAUCAUGCUGUCAUGUGAUGCCCGACACACGGCCUGGGUGUCCUUUGACGGGAGGAAGCGCCAGGAGAUAUGCCAUGGAGACAGCAUCACCAUCACCACAUCAUGCUUCCCCGUGCCCUCCAUCUGCUUCAGAGACCCGGUCAACGACUGGUUUGAGAGCCUGGCCCAAUGCCUGCACUGGAACGUACGCAAGAGACAGAGCUACCUCAGCCCCGAGGAUGAUGACUACUGACCCCGCCCACAGCCCACCGGCCCCACCCACAACCUAACUGACCCUGCCCAAUGGUCACUGACCACACCCACAUCCUACUCACCCCACCCACCGCCCACCGCCUGGCCUUAGCUGUGAAUGUAGCACAAGGCACAACAUGUUUAACUGCUUUACAUUGGUGUAGAGGCUCUAAAAGGUAGACACUGGGUCUUGAGGCCUUGUUUUGUUACACUUCUGGAUUGGUCUGAUGAAGUUGGCUGUUCACUUUUAGCCAAAAUAAUUCAUAUUUUUUAAAAUACAAAUAGAAACGGCAUUUUAAAGAAUAACCCUGAGACCUGGCUUUCAUCAGCAUAUUUUUAUCUUUUACUAACUAUUGAAUUAGUGGAAUAUAUGAUGUAUUUUUGGUAAAUAGUAAUUGUAUUUUUUAAAUGGAGUGUCACCUGUUUUACAAUACUUAUUUACAUAUUUACAAGUCUACAAAAUAGACUUAAAGGGCCUAUAUUGCAGUACUUUUGUCUUAUGUUCUAAUAUUGUUUCCUCACCACAAACAGACCUGGAGUUGUGUUUUGUUUAAUUCACACAUGUUUUAGAGUUCUUCUCUUAAACUGAAACACCAGCUUGUGAUGUCAUUAAGUAUUAAGUAUUGUAGAGUACAGUUGAGGCUCAAGAUAGCUGUUAACUUUAAAACUACGACUAAAUGACAUCACGAGAGGCAGCAUUUUGAGCUUUGGGGAUGCAGACAGCCUAAUAACCCAGGAUUACUCAAACAAAACUUCAGGUGUGUUUUUGUAGAGGUAACAGCAUUAUAACAUGGCUACCAAUUCAUAUGAGUUGGUUUUGCAUAAUAUAGGACCUUUAAACGUAUAUGAUUGUCUAUAUAUUUAGCCGGCUGGUUUUCCUCCUAUCGUAUCAGGGUUGUCUUGCACUUUCUUCUGUGUUGACAGACGAUCUCAGUGACCAAAGGCAGAGUCCACACUGCUGCUGCUGCUGCUGCAGCAAAACUAUUGUGAAAAGUGCCUUAUCUUCAGCAGGUUUCCCACACUGCCCUGUGAGCUGGCAUCACAGUCCCACCAGAGCCAUUCCAACCCAGGCCCUACUACUCCAGUGAUUCAAGGGCUUAAAGGAGACAUGUUCACUCAGUGUUUAUUGUUUAUUAUUCAGUAUCAUAUUUUUAAUCAUGAGUUGUAGUUAAAUUCACAUUUUAAGUAAACCCUAAGUAAAUAUGCCUUCUUUUCUUCACAACAUUUAGUUUCUACUGCUGCUUAUACAUUAUAUCUGCAUCAUAUUUAACUGAGUGGUUCACAGUCUUUCCCCAUUGUGGCAAUUUUAGUGUUUUAUAAUUUUUCUUAUUGAUUAUAAAUUAUGACACUAGGUCAUUCCAUAACUCAACCACUGGAGCCAAAACGGUCAGAGCCUAAUUUAUACAAUAGUUGCAAUUCAAAUGUUGUUGUUUUUUUUUAUUUAGUUUAAUAAUGGCUUAAGCGUCAAAAAUGUGUUCCUUGCACAUACGUUUUUUUGCAGUAGACUGAAGUCUGCCUGUACAAGUCUCUCUCGUCUGUGUGUCUUCAGACUUUUUUCUUCUCGAUUGGUUACUUCACUGAUGUAAAAUUUACACUAAGAAAAAAUGUAUUUAUACUCUUCACCAAAUUAAGCAAAAAAAUUGAAAAUCAUAAAACCCAAUAAUGAACUUAAAAUGCCUUUACUCCAUAGCCUCAGCCAUAUUGAUUUUUUAUUAAUAUAAUUGGAUAGAUUUUAUUCCUCUGGCUCACUGCCCACUGUCACCAGCAGAGGGCGCACACGCUAAUCUGAGCUGCGCACUGGAAGCCACAUCUUUAAUGAAACCACUUUAUAAUUCACAGUAGUAUUAUUUUAAGUUAUAAAACAAAACCCAAUGACUUGUCUCCUUUAAGCUCUGUAAGCCAUAACAGUCUUUGUAGAUUUUAUACCUUUUACUAAAUUAAAUAGUUAAAUUAUUGUUCAAGAAACAUCACUGUCUGUCACUAAAGCAACAGGACGACAGUAUAUUCUUCCAAAUUCUGAAUUUUAAGAUCAUUGCAAAGUGGGGAAGUUAAUUAAUGCUUCCUAAAUAGUAAACUAAAGUCUAUACAUUUUACAUUAAGAUUUUUAAAAAAAAUUUCCCCAGCAGUGCGUUAAAAUAAUAAUUAUGUAAUGUUGAUGAGAGAACUGUUUUGUAAUUUUUUUAGAAGAGGACCAAGAUACUGGAAAAACAUUCCUUUGAGAUAAAAUGUUGAUUGCUUUGUAUUUGUGAAGUUGAAUGUUUAUGAACCUGUUUACAACAUGUCACUGCUAAAAUAAACUUGGUAUUUUUUUUUCAAGUG